GAACCCUGCCGGCGCUGCCCGAACCCUGACGGCGCUGCCCGAACCCUGACGCCCGUCCGCGGGGCCGCCGCCACCCUGUCCCCGCCGGGGCUCCGCCUCCGCCGACGCGGGGAUCGGGCGCUGGGUCCUGCUGACGGCCUCUGGCCGGCUGAGGUCGAUCCGGGACCCUCCAGGAGCCCGAGGGCCGCGUCUUUAGCGAGUCGCAGCGGUGCCCACCUUGGAGGGUGUGAAGGAUUAGAUGAGGCCUUUCUACGCAGGAUACUUAGAGAAUUUGGUGUUUACGGAUGAGUUGGGAAAGCAAAAAUUAAAAAGGCCCUCUACAAGUAGACUAGAAGGAAGUGAAAAAAAUCUGAAGAUGAAGGUAUUUCAGACCAUCUGCAGGCAGCUUGCAAGUUCAAAGGGGUUUUCUGUAGAACCAGCCCCCCGUGUGGUCUUCUCCACUUCCUCUUAUUUGUUUGGUCGGAAGAAAAAAGUGAACCCUUAUGAAGAAGUGGACCAAGAAAAGUACUCUGAUUUAGUAAAGUCUGUCUUGUCAUCCAGAAGCCAUGCUCAGACUCCACAAUCUUUGUUCAAGGAAGAUGCUUUACUCUAUGGACCUGUGAGUAAAUGUAAGCUCCCGAAGCAAGAAGAAGAAGCAGGCGUUCCACAAACCCGGUUUCCUCUCUUCAAUCCAGAGAAAAGCACAAAACCGAAUGCAGCAAGUGAUCCUACAAUUCCUUUGAAAAUCCCUUUGCGAAGGAAUAUGAUACCAAGUGUGACCCGAGUCCUUCAGCAGACCAUGACCUCAGAACAGAUUUCCUUUUUGGAGAGGUGGAAACAGCGGAUGAUUCUGAAACUGGGAGAGGAUGGCUUUGCAGAAUAUACUUCAAACAUGUUUUUACAAGGGAAACGGUUUCAUGAAGCCUUGGAAAGCAUACUUUCACCCCAGGGGAACUUAAAAGAGCAAGGUGAAAAUCUCCUCGAAUCUGGCUACGUCCAAAGUGUCCAGCAUGUUCUGAGAGAUGUCAGUGGAGUGCGGGCUCUGGAAAGUGCUGUUAAACAUGAGACCCUACAGUAUGUAGGUCUUCUGGACUGUGUGGCUGAGUAUCAGGGCAAGCUGUGUGUGAUUGAUUGGAAGACAUCGGAGAAGCCAAAGCCUCUCAUCCGAAAUACAUUUGACAACCCGCUGCAAGUCGUGGCGUAUGUUGGUGCCGUAAACCAUGACACCAACUACAGCUUUCAGGUUCAGUGCGGCUUGAUCGUGGUGGCCUACAAAGACGGGUCCCCCGCCCACCCACAUUUCAUGGACGCACAGCUCUGCUCCCAGUACUGGGCAAAGUGGCUUCUUCGACUAGAAGAAUAUACAAAGAAGGAAAAGAACCAGAAUAUUCAGAAGCUAGAUUAGGGGCAGGAAGCUGUGUGGGAACAUUCUGUGCUUUCUCACAAUUUGGGAGGAUGUAUCGCUGUUUACUGUGAUCUAGGAUGAGGUGCCACAGGGUCUGAGAGCUGCAGUAACACAACGGAACCAGUAACUUGUUGAAAUUUAUUGCAACCAAAAGGCAAAGCCAGAAAAGUUAAAUUUAAAGAGCCAACUUCUGCACAUAAAGACCAGCUCUGCUACCUCUGACUCGCAUUUACCCGAACAAAGGGCAGGCAGCACUGGCACAGUGUUGGUGGCUCUUGGAUCCUCCGAGACCUUUCCGUGUCCUGGGCAGGACGCCCAGUCUUUGAACUGAGAGAUUCAGGGCUGUGAGGCUCUGUGUGCUGAGAGCCUUUCCCCCGGGCACUAGCGGGGGAGGGCCUCGCCCCCCCAGGGUGUGUGUGCAGCUUGAAUGCCUAUCAGCCAUUGCAGUUGCCAGUGCAGGCUCUGAAAACCUGUGUUAUGUGUGGGGUUCCCUGUAUUUCAUUUGGCAGAAAAAGCUUCCAUUUAACAUUUUUGAAGAACAAACUUGUGAUUCCUUAGCGCCAGGAAACAUUGCCCUCUGGACAGAGGGAGCAUACUCCCCAUGUGGUGGGCGGUGCCCCUUGGCACCCACCAGGUAACCCUCAGAAGCAGCCAGACUCCAGCCUGAGCAUCGUAACUGCAGGUAUUUUGGUUAACUGUCUUCUGGUUUGAAUGAAGGACUCAUGUACAUGGAGAAAAUGUAUUUGUGGAAUUUUCCAGCUAUGAGGAGCAAUAAUAAUGUGUAUUUUUUUCUGUGUUUGAUAAUUAAUAAGAUUGAUUAGUUGCCACUGGGUUCAGGAAACUUAAAUAAACACCCACUACAGCCCUGGGAGAAGACUCCCUGGUUUAUGGAGUAGGUUAGCAUUUAGGUUAUGGUUGCUGUCUUAAAAUAGUAGCGUGCUACAAUCACUUUUUUUCCUUCAUUAGCCGUUAAUUAUAAGAAAUAAAAUACAAGA